UCGUUCCCCUCCCCUCCCUCCCAAGCCGCCGCUAGCCUCCAUCGCGCCCAUCGCGCCCGCUAUGCCAUCCAUUGCAUACAUUCAAAGAUACCUAGCAUCCGCCGUGUUGCAGUGCCAGACCUCCUCCUCCAGCACGCCCGCGGCCGCGUCGCGAAGCUAAUGGACUCGACGUCUAACGUGCCCCUCGCAGUCCACAACAAUAGCAACCAUCACCUCCAACACGACGGGGCCAUCCCUCCACUGCACGAAUACACCCACGCACACCCACGUCCGCCCGCUCCACCGUCCUCAUCCUCUUCCUCCAAGAAGAACAGGAACAAAGCCGCACCCGCUGCCUCGAGCCGCCGCCCAACUACGCCGCCGUCGCCCUGCCACCCGCUCUCUUUGUCUUCGCUUGCGACGCCCUUUCAUCCACAUGCGAGUGCAAUUGCCAGCGCCGACGCCCCUUCCACCAGCUCGAACUCCAAGUUGACGUUGACGUCCUCCCCGCGAGACUCCGGCACCACCACCACCCCUCAGAAGCAGCCCAAGAAUUCACGACGCACCAAAGGUCACAAGUCGAGCAAAUGGAGUAGGGGUGGCGCUGGAUCUUCGGAUGACACAGGCUCGUCGACGCGCAAGAAGUCUGCCCGAAACACCCCUCACGCUGCUGCCGCUGCUGCGUCCCCCCAACAGCACCACCAGGCGUCGCUUUCGCAGUCCCCAAUUCCCCCCUCCACCGCCGCCGCGCACCAGGGACGAUUGAUGGCGGCGGCCUUCGCUGGCAGUUCGGGAGAUUCGCGGCGGGGAGUAUCUUCUCCUCGGCCCAAAGGUCGCGAAGCCAAAAACACAUUUUGCCGCAAUGUCACAAUCUACGGUCAUUGCCGAUAUGAGAAUACUUGUCCGUAUAUCCACGACACCUCCAAGUUGAACCAGAACGAAAAUAUGAAGAAGCGCUUCAACGUCGAUUCACCCUCCUUCACCCCUCUCCAAAACACCACCAAUGGAUCUAUGACUCCCUCGUCCCGCAGCGCCGCCAUAUCCCCAAAGGCGGCCAAUGCCGCUGUCUUCACCCCCAAAUCACAGCGUUCCACUACGAGCACACCGAAUUUGCAAAACAAGGAGCCUGUCCCGGAAUGGCAUCCGCAAGAGUUCCCCGAGUUUGUGCCGCAGACAUUUGAAGCUCAAAUGGUGGACUCGAACGCUCAGGCGCAUGCUCUCGGUUAUGACCCCUUCAGCACCUCUUCAGCCCUCUCCUCCAUCACGGGAGCUGCACAUCAACCUUCGACCAUCAACCCUUACGCCCAGGAUCCAACCCUCUCUGGCGCUUCCUAUUACCAGAACGCGGCGGGCUUUCAAUCGUCCCCUGCAUACCAUCUUUAUUGGCCGGUUGGCCCACAGCCCACUGGGCUGCUCGCAUAUCAACGGACCGCGCAUGACUUUUUCAUCCCCGAUGCGUUGCGGGAGGAGUUGCAGAAGAAGGCCGAGAUUGCUCGACAGGUCGUUCCCAAUUCGUCGAUCCCGCCAAUCGAACAAUUCCAUUCGCUUUUUUGCCUGGAUACAUCUGCCCAGAAGAACCAAACGCUAUUCGGGUAUUCUAGCUGGGUAUACAAGGCAGUGUCAAGCAAGGAUGGGAAUACUUAUGCGCUUCGUCGGUUGGAGAAUUUUCGUCUUACCAACGAAACAGCCAUACGAUCGGCGCAGGCGUGGAAACGGAUACUAAAUGGCAGCGUGGUCACGGUCCACGAGGCCUUCACCACGCGGGCGUUUGGCGAUAGCUCCCUGAUCAUGGUAACGGAUUACCAUCCAAACUCCAAAACCCUCGCGGAGGAACAUUUCAAACAGGCACCCAUGCAACGCUUCCACGGUCGGCAAACGACCUCUUCACAUGUACCUGAACAGGUUCUUUGGGGCUACAUUGUCCAGCUGGCUUCCGCACUCAAAGCCAUUCAUGGUUCGGGCUUGGCUGCGCGAUUGAUCACACCCUCUAAAAUCCUGCUUACUGCCAAGAACCGGAUACGCCUGAACGCUUGUGGGAUCCUGGAUGUUGUUCAAGCGGAACCGACGCGUUCGCUCGCCGAGCUCCAAGCGGACGAUUUGCUUCAACUCGGGCGACUUAUCCUCAGCAUCGCAAACAGCCAACCUUCUGCGCAUUUGAAUAUGCAAAAGUCAAUGGACUACAUCACUCGAGGCUAUACCGCGCGGCUCAAGGAAUGCGUACAGUGGCUACUGAAUCUCCCACCGGCCCCUAGCACCCCUUCCUCCCCCACGACGCCAGGUGCCAUGCAGAAAGACAUUGAUACUUUCUUGGGCGGGAUCGCUGAUCAAAUGGCCACCGUUUUUGACAGUGAGCUGCAUGCACAAGAUACUCUCGUAAACACUCUUGCUCGAGAGCUAGAAUCUUCACGCCUCGUUCGCCUCAUGACUAAACUCAAUUUUAUCAAUGAACGUCCAGAGCUGGAUGCAUCUCAGCAUGUCCCAGGCAGCACUGGGCCCGGUCCGUCUGCGAUGUGGGCAGAGACUGGGGAACGUUAUUACUUGAAGCUCUUCCGAGACUAUGUCUUCCAUCAAGUAGACGCGAACGGUCAUCCCGUCAUCAACUUGGCACACGUCCUUGAUUGUCUAAAUAAACUGGAUGCGGGGGCUGACGAGAAACUAGCCCUCAUCAGUCGGGACGAACAAAACGUGCUUGUGGUCAGCUACCGCGAGCUCAAACGUGGCCUGGAAUCGAGCUUCCAGGAUUUAGUAAGGGCUGGACGGCAGUCUGGCAAGUAG